AUGGAUUUUUAUGUUACAUUGAAGAAAAGAAAAAUGAGGCUUGAAAAAGAACAAGUAAAAGUGAAUAUUGAUGAAGUGCUUCGCAUUGGUUCCGUUCUUGAACGAUUCUGCAUGAGUCAGCGGACGAGAGAAGCAUUUGAUUGGUUAGCAGAGAAUCGAGAUGAAAUGGAAAAUGAUCCACAACAGUAUGCAGAUCACUUGCUUGCUGCAAUUGGAGACUUAGUAAUGAGUCGAGAGCUAGUCAAAAAGACGCUCAGGAUUUUAAUACAUAAUGGGUUUGUUACACAAGCUGAAUAUGAAGAACACUUUCAACAAUAUGAAGAUUUUACUUAUCAAAAAUUGCCAACUAUAGCUCUGAUUACUUAUUUAUUGAGAGAAAAUUGUGCAUAUUUUUCCUCCAGCAAAUAG